GUUAUAUUCUUUUCAUAUGUAAAAAUACAGAUAUAUUUAACCCGUUAUCUUUUGUCUAAUCUUCAAGCAAUAGUCUUAAAUAAGAGGUAGGAACUAAUAGUUUGAGUCGGGAGUUCCUGUCUGGUGGACAGCGUCCGGUCGUGUGUCAGGUCAAAAUGCUCGUCCUCAGAGGUUUUCAGAGAAUAACAUCGGUGUUAUUACAACAAGGAAACACAAGUUUAAGAAGUCUCACAACGACUUCAAAUGUAGUCCAACACAACGAGGACAUGCUGAUUAAGAUGGAAAACCCGUACAAAGAGCCUCAGAAAGGAUGCCUGCUCUGCAAUGUGUCUGUGGACUUCAAGAACACUCAGCUGCUGUCUCAGUUUAUCUCUCCGUACACCGGCAGGAUCUACGGCCGGCACAUCACACGACUGUGCUCGAGGAAACAGAAGGAGGUGGCCAAAGCCAUAAAGAAGUCUCACGCUAUGGGCUUCAUGUCGGUGACCCACAAACACCCAGAGUUCAUGAAGGACCCGCACGUCUGUGGGAAACAUCUGGAAUAAUAUGAGAAGAAACCGUUUAUUGAAUGUGUUUAUUGAAGCCUGUCGGACAGGUGGAGAAAUACUGUGUUUUUUAUUAUCAGUCUGUCAUUAAAGAGGAUUAUUGAAAAUCUAGAA